AUGGGCUGUGGCACUUCUUCAUUGGGAACCAGGCAACCUGAGAAUGUGGUGAAAGCUGCAUUGGUCAUCCAAAACUGGUAUCGAGGUUACAGAGCUCGAUUGAAGGCCAGACAGCAUUAUGCCCUUACUAUCUUCCAGUCCGUCGAAUAUGCUGAUGAACAAAGCCAAAUGCAGCUAUCCAACUUCUUUUCCUUCAUGUUGGAACAUUACAAACAUAUACAUAAGGAAGAUACAGUAUUAGUGAAUCGACUUCUUGAAACCAACUUGCAGGACCUCCAGGAUAAACAGAACUAUCUGGAGUUGGUAGAAGUCCCCAAGUCCUAUGAUGGUCCUCAACUACAAUUUCCUCUCACUUUUACUGAUAUUGAGAUGCUUAUUGAGGCCUUCAAGCAACAAAAGAUAAUUCAUGCUCACUAUGUCAUAGAGGUGCUAUUUGAAACCAAGAAAAUCCUGAAGAGAAUGCCAAAUUUCACACAUAUAUGGACUUCCCCCUCCAAGGAGAUAACAGUUUGUGGUGAUUUGCAUGGGAACCUGGAAGAUCUUUUGUUGAUCUUCCAUAAGAAUGGUCUCCCUUCAGAGAAGAACCCAUAUAUUUUUAAUGGUGAUUUUGUAGAUCGAGGCAGAAAUUCCAUAGAAAUCCUAAUGCUCCUGUUUGUGAGUUUUCUUGUCUACCCCAAUGACAUACACUUGAACAGAGGGAACCAUGAAGAUUUUAUGAUGAAUCUCAGGUAUGGCUUCACACAAGAAGUUUUAUAUAAAUACAAGCUACAUGGGAAACAAAUAUUGAAAGUCUUGGAAGAUGUUUACACCUGGCUCCCAAUUGGUACAAUUAUUGAUGAUGAAAUUCUCAUCAUACAUGGCGGGAUAUCAGAGUCUACAGACUUGAGUUUACUCCACCGAAUAGAAAGAAACAAAAUGAAAACGGUGUUGAUGCCCCCGGUGUCAGUGAAUAAAGACCAACCUACUGACUUGAAAGGUAAAGCAAAGAAAACCACUUCAGACAAUUCCUCAUCUGAACAGUUAUCAAAGCAGGAAUGGGAACAGGUUAUUGACCUUCUGUGGAGUGAUCCCAGAAGCAAGAAAGGCUGUUAUCCAAACACAAGUCGAGGAGGAGGCUGCUAUUUUGGACCAGAUGUUACCUCCGCAAUUCUCAGUAAAUACCACUUAAAGAUGAUCAUUAGAUCUCAUGAGUGCAAGCCUGAUGGGUAUGAUGUCUGCCAUGAUGGAAAGGUCAUUACUGUCUUUUCUGCUUCUAAUUAUUAUGAAGAAGGCAGUAAUCGAGGAGCUUACAUCAGACUGGCUCAUGGCAUGGCCCCACGUUUUUUCCAGUACCGAGCAACUAGUGCAUCAUUCUUGAACCCUCUUUUCCAAAGGGUGGAAAUUAUGGAAAGCAGUGCCAUCAGAAUGUUAAAAGAGAGAAUACUUGCACGAAAAACUGACCUCAUACGUGCUUUCCAGCUUCGAGACCACAGUAGAUCAGGAAAAAUUUCAGUAGCCCAGUGGGCUUUUUCUAUGGAAAACAUUUUGGAGCUGAAUUUACCUUGGAGAACUCUGAGUUCACAUCUGGUAAACAUAGACAGUGAUGGAAAUGUUGACUACAUGUCCAUCUUCCAGGAUGUCCACAUUGUAAAGUCUGUGGAAACGGUGAAAUCUGCUGUAAUUGAAACUCUGUACAGGUACCAAUCUGAUUUGAAAAUCAUAUUCAAUCUCAUUGACUCUGAUCAUUCAGGCCUGAUCUCCAUUGAAGAAUUUCGGGCCAUGUGGAAACUUUUCAGUGCUCACUACAAUGUUCGUGUUGAUAACACCCAGGUUGAUGAGCUCGCCCGUACAAUGGACUUAAACCAAGAUGGAAGCAUUGACUUCAAUGAAUUUUUAAAGACUUUUUAUAUAGUACACAAAUAUGACAAGUUGAAGAAGACACCACACACCAAGUUUGCUAACCUUAAAUGA